AACUUUAUUGCAAAGAUUACUCCAGAAGCUAUCACAUGAACAAAAUAUGGCAGCGCCCUUUUACAGGAGGUCAUUUCUCGCGUAAGUACAAAAGAGUGCAACGGCUGAGAUCAGGUCGUUCAAUUGUCACUAGGUACGAACCCAUAGAGGGGGAAAUUCUGACUUCAUGCAGUGUCCUUUUCAGUGGCCGGACAACCUAAUAACAGACCCCCUUCCUACACUAUGUUGUCGUACACGUGUGUUUUAUGUUGUAUUUUACUGAAUUUGUAUUUUGUGUAUAUCUACUGGAAAUAUUUACUGAUUAUCUCACUGGUCUACUUUGCAUUAAGACUGACCAGAAUCAAUUUCCGGCAGAAGUUGGACAUCGGCAGAAAGGGCGUGGUCAUCACAGGUUGUGAUACAGGAUUUGGUCACAUUCUUGCCAAGCGACUAGAUGACUGUGGGUAUAAAGUAUAUGCCGGGGUCCUCAGCAAGGAGAGUCCGGGGGCUAUGGUGUUACAUGCACGUCAAUCGGACCGGCUUCAUGUGAUAAAGUUAGAUGUCACUAAAGAUGACGACGUCCAAAAGGCUCUGGAGUAUGUUAAUGCGACUGGACAAGGAUUGUGGGCUAUUGUCAACAACGCAGGAAUGUAUUUUCCCGGUGACGUCGAGUUAGCGACUGUGGAUCAAUACAAGAAAUGUGCUGAGGUUAAUCUAUACGGAAUGAUCCGAGUCACCAAGGCAUUCCUCCCUCUUAUCAGGAAGUCUAGAGGCCGGAUUGUUAACAUGUCUAGCGUGAGGGGUCGGUUUUCCUGGCCCAGUGGAUCCGUGUACAGUGUUACCAAAUAUGGUAUAGAGACCCUGAGUGACUCCCUCAGACUUGAAAUGAAGAAGUUUGGUGUCAACGUCUCAAUUAUUGAACCUGGACAAUUUAGUGCAGCCACAUCUGUAUGUGGCCCAGAACAGCUGAAACGAUUAAAGAAGGAGAUAGACUACAUGUGGGAACAAGCAUCUGAUGACGUCAGACAGACCUACGGUCGUCCAUACUUUGAUGAUAUCUACCAAAUGAUGAAGAAGAAAGAGCCAAGUAUGAUCCAGACCAUGUCAGCAGAUUCGGUUAUUAACGCUAUAGAGGAUUCCCUUAUUAACGUAACACCAAAGGCCCGCUAUAUGAUCGGGGGAUCCUUCUCUGUCGUGGACAAGCUAGCGGUUCUUGCUAAAGUCUAUUACCUUCUUCCUGAAUUUAUUUCGGACUGGAUCGUUGAGAAAAUGACCGGAUGUGGAUCGUUGAGAAGAUGACCGGAUGUGGAUCAUUUAGAAGAUGACCGGAUGUUAAUGGUUGAGAAGAUGACCAUGGACUGUAAUGUAACGAUACAACACUCGGCGGAAACAUGGACUGGAAUGUAACAAUUGAAGUAUUCUCUCUAAUUUUACCACAUGUUCUUCAUCUGUCGUGCCGAUCAUGUCGUCUAAGAAGCAUUAAACACGUGGUACACCUUGUAGGACUAAGAUAUCGGUAUCCCAGGAGCCGAUGCUAUGUCCGGUAUAGUCGGCCAGCCUCACGCACUAUCCUUUGUAGAUAUGUGUUUUUCAGGUUGAUCUUCGUAAAAUAUUGACCAGCAACCAGUGUCGCGAAGAUUUCAUCGAUAUUUGGUAGUUAGGUUUUGGUCGAUAUUAAGAACUUGAUUGAUUGUGACCUUUAAAUUACAACAAAUGCGUGUGCUGUUGUAUAGCUUAGGCCGUUAAAUAGUAGUCGAAAUACCUGUUUUGACAAGUCAGUUCAGCUCCCUGUCAGCUUUUUCUUUUAUUGCGAAAGGAACCAGUAGGUGCAUUGCAGAAUUUUGGGUGAGCGUCCUCUUUGACCUUUAUCUGUGCUUGAUAUCUUUCAAGGUGCCUAGCUCGUCUUUGAAAACCUCUAAGUAUUUCUCGAGCUGUUGAGGGUUUAGAACCACUCAAAACCAUGAUCAUCUUAACACUGUCCCAGUCCAGUUUGGUACUGCGAAACCAACCCCUUCCAAGCAAUGAUAGACCACCAUGUUUAACUAUUAACAAGUCUAAACACUUGUGUGGAUUGUUGAGUUGGACUUGAACUUCCAACACGCCCAGAUGACUUAACGUUUCCUCCCGAAUAAGUCUUGUGUACUGGAGCACCCCUUUUCCUACUUCAGCUAGCUAAAGGUCUCUGACGCCAACCGACCUUUAGCGACCGAACCUAUUUUAAUACAGCGCAACUCUAAAUUUGAUGACAACGAUGUGUACUUACAUUUUAGCUUUUAAAUAUCCCAUUGUAACAGUCCAAUCACUAAUUCACACUUAAUUGAUGACACAUUAACACUUCGCUACAUUAUUCGAUCGCUUCAAGUAACCUACAUGUAUUUAGAACAAGGCGGCAUUGUUUGUAAAAAUACGAUACGGAAUGUGCGUAUUAAGAGGAACUUUUCGUUCGUUAUCUUGGUAUUUACCGAACCGCUAUUUUCGAUCCAAAGUGUUAUAAAAAUGAAGCCUGGAUGUUAAAAAAAAUCGUGAUUGUGUGUCUUUGAGUGCUAUUUUUGUAGAUUUAAUUAUGGAUUCAUGAAAAAGAGGUAAUAUUGUGACAUCGUUAAACACUUAAAUGUCAUUUAGAUGUUUUAUAUAAUCAGAACAUGACUAUAAACAUUUAACAUUCUGCGCAGUGUAAAUCCGCCGGUGUAAGGUUUCACGACGCCCGUCACAAGUUUCUAUAAUAGAAGAUUCUAAUAUCUACCGGGUUAUAUUUUUUGUAUAUUGUAAUCUUAGAAAGGACAAAGUAAUAAUAAUAAUGAUAAUUGUCUGGGUUUUUUUCACACACAGGAAAGUUGAUAAGACGUUAGAUUAUAUUAAACCAAGCCAAACCAAUCACCGCUAGUUAAUAUUGCUACAUCUGGUAACUAUUUUAUAUAAUAGCAGUUAUAACUAAUACAAUAUUGUUAGUACGUAUUGCUUUACCUGGUAACUAUGUUAUGGAACCUUACUACUACGGCAAUGACUGCUGGUUAGUAUUGCUACUCCUGGUAAUUAUUCUAUUUAACCUUAGCUACAACUUGGACAAUUCCGCCAGUGUUUGUUGGUAAACAAGGGCAAUAAUCGGUAGUUGGUAUUGAUAUACCUGGUAACUAUAUUAUGUAGUCUUAGUUAGAAUAAGGACAAUAAUCGGUAGUAUUGUAAUAUCUGGUAACUAUACAGUUAUUGUAUGGGUGUGAAGGAAAUAGCACUUUAAUGUCCUCCGAGACAUGAACUAUUUUCCGAGGCGAAGCCGAGGGAAAUAGUUAAUGUCAAUGGGGGGCAAUAAAAGUGCUAUUUGCUGAAAUACCCAUACAAUAACUGUUUUAUUAUACCUCAUUUAAAGCAUUCCAUUUUUUCUCUCGAACCAGUGUUCAUAUCCUCCACUAUUCCUAAUGCUUUUUUUUCCGAAGAUAGUCUUUUAGCAUGCUAACUGCCGUUUUUAUUACUUGUUUUGUGCUAGCGCUGUCUUUUUCAGAAAAAAUCCUCUCCAGCACUUCUUCAUCCAGAUUAUCAAAACUUGUAGAUGAAGCCAUUCUCCGAAAUGUUCCUGUAGCAUUCCCUCCUACGAUUUCAGUAAACAAACUGUGUCUGCUUCUUCUUGGUCUCGAAAACGUUUAUGCAUUGUCCAAUCAGAAUACCAAAGCAAAAAAAAAAACGCGAAAUAUGAAUGCGCCCCUCCGGGUAAAUAGCACUUUGGACUAUUAACCUGGUUAAUAGCGCUUUUGGAGGAUUUGGUUCAAAUAAUAUUUCUAUUGUCUACUUUUUACAAAGUGUAAAAUAGGGAAAGGUAUAAUAUUAAGUGUUACAUAACCUUAGACCUGGCUAUAUUCUAGCUUGAUUAUCGUAAGCUAUCGCAACAAAUAUACGUGUCCGGAGAACGUGGCCAUGUGACCUUUCUCCAUACUAUUUACAGAAUAGCUUGUUUUCGAUAAAGACGUUUAUUAUGUAUUUAGUUUGUCAAUGCGUGUUAGGUAUUACUGGCCGUUACAGACGUUAUUCACACCAAGAGAAUUGACAAUAUAGUCGCUUACCACUUUGUGAGUGUGUCAUGAUUGCCAAUUCGUUGUUGUUGAUAUUCACAUUCUUAGUAGUACUUUCGCCACUUUCUCAAACUGUAGAAGUUUUAUGUUGCAGUUCAUUUUGAUAUAAAUGCUUGCUUUCGGUUAUUAUUUGUUUCAAAUUUAAUACCGGUUGGCUAGCAUACAGAUUUCGAGAAAUACAAGUUGAUAAUGACUAUGAGAAAUCGUCAUGAUCUGUAUUAUGAUGUAUUUCCAUGUGAUAUUGUUUUAUAUAAAUAAAUUUAUUCUUUUA